AAAUGCAAGCUAUCGUAUAUGAUUAGAUUAAAAGAAUUACACAAAUGCACGUAUCGAAGAAAAGCUUGAAAAGUUAAGCAAUAGGACAUUGGGAAACCUCCUCCUAAAUUUCUUUAUAUAUAAUAAUUUCCCUCCUUUGAUCAUCCUUCCACCAACUCCAAUUCCUCAACCGCGCAGUUGACCUCUUCCUCUCAAGUCUCUUUCUCUCUCAAACAAAAAUGUUGAUGCUAGUGAACUGCUCCGGCUGCCAUACGCCCCUCCAGCUGCCCACCGGCGCCACCUCAAUCCGCUGCUCCUUGUGCCAUGCCAUCACCCGCAUAGCUGACCCCCGCAGCGCCCCCCCUCCCCCUCCCUACGCCGCCACUUCCUCAUCUUACAACAACUACUACCCACCUCCGCCGCCGGCCCCCUACAACCACUCGCCGCCCGGCGGGCAGAAGAAGGCCGUCAUAAUAGGGAUCUCCUAUCGGAACACAAAGAAUGAACUCAAGGGAUGCAUCAAUGAUGCCAAAUGUAUGAAGUUUAUGCUCGUCAACAGGUUCAAGUUCCCCGAAUCCUCAAUCCUCAUGCUUACUGACGAGGAAACGGAUCCUUACAGAAUCCCAACAAAACACAAUAUUAGGAUGGCCAUGUUUUGGCUCGUCAAAGGUUGUCAGUCAGGGGACUCACUGGUCUUCCAUUUUUCUGGGCACGGCGCGCAGCAGCGGAACUACACGGGCGAUGAGAUCGACGGGUUCGACGAAACACUAUGCCCUCUCGACUUCGAAACACAGGGGAUGAUCGUCGACAAUGAGAUCAAUGCCAGCAUCGUGAGGCCUCUUCCAGCCGGUGUGAAGCUGCACGCAAUAAUAGACGCAUGUCACAGCGGCACCGUGCUUGAUUUACCCUUUCUUUGCAGAAUGGACAGAAGUGGAAGGUACGCAUGGGAAGACCAUCGUCCUCCAUCAGGCGCGUGGAAAGGCACGAGCGGGGGAGAAGCCAUAUCCUUCAGUGGUUGUGACGAUAAUCAAACUUCUGCUGAUACCGCUGCUCUAUCUAAGGUGACGUCUACAGGGGCAAUGACCUAUGCAUUCAUCCAAGCAAUAGAGAAGGGGCAGGGAGCUACCUAUGGGAGCAUCUUGAAUGCGAUGAGGUCUACCAUCCGGCAGACAAGCGAGGAUCUAGUUGCCGGAGGGGGUGCUGUCACUACACUACUCACAAUGCUCUUGACAGGGGGGAGCGGUGUUGGACUGAGACAGGAACCACAGCUUAGUUGUAAUGAGCGAUUUGAUGUCUACAUGAAACCAUUUUCACUGUGACCACUCCAAACUGGGCAGUUUCUGGCAUCUGAUCGCUCAGCUCAGAUGUAAACUUCUUCAACCUUUCUUAAUUUCCUUUAUUUAUUGGACAGUGGCUCUCUUCAAUCAACUCGAGCCUUUAUUCUAAGAAAUUGGUAUCUAUUAUUACCAAGAAAUUGGUAUCUAUUAUAAUUGUGGGACAUUUUGUAACAUAGCUUAUGCAGGUUUAUUGGAAUAUGCAACAUAAAUUUUCAUUAAAGCCUAUAGAUGGAUAUAAUAUAAACAUUGGAAAAGUUAGUUCAUUCAA